CUCUGAAUUCACUCACAGCUAGUCCCGUAAUUCAUUCCUUUACCAACUACUUGUGCCACACCCAAUAUGAGCAACUAUCCUCCGAUCGAAGGUGGCGGAUCGCUUGUCGUCGCCUACCGUAUUGCCGACAAGAAUGUACUCAUUGUUGGCGGCGGCAAUGUUGCUGCCCAGCGUAUACAAUCUGCAAAGAUCGCCGAUGCCCGAGUCACCAUCGUUGCUCCUGCAGAGGGACUAAACGAUGAAGUCCAGUACCGAAUCAAUACCAAAGAAGUUACAUGGAUCGAUCGACCUUUUCAAGAUGCCGAUCUCGAUAAGGUUGACAUGGUACUUACAGCACUUGACGAUCACGAUGAAUCACUUCGUAUCGGACACCUCUGCCGCGAACGGCGUAUUCCUGUUAACGUCGCCGACGUGCCACCUAUGUGCGAUUUCUAUUUUAUGAGCCAGCACCGCGACGGCCCCGUUCAAAUUGCCGUGUCGACCAACGGCCAAGGACCCAAACUCGCCAACAUGAUUCGAACUACCGUCAGCGAGGCACUCCCGGCCAACAUGGGCGCCAUUGUCAAGCAUAUGGGCGAGCUUCGUGCCAAAGUACGCGAGUGGGAGCCUGCUAUCGAGAACUCUGAAAAACGCAUGGGAUGGGUGACGCGCGUGUGCGAAAAAUGGGGCCUACAGCAGAUGGCACGUCUGACCACGGUGCAGGAUCAUGAUGCAUUUUAUGCUAGUUUGCGCACCUAUUUCGAAAAGAACGAAAUACCUGCUGUGAGCGACGUGUUCCCACCAGCAACCCCAUCGAUUGCCCUGAUCGGUGCUGGCCCAGGCGAUCCAGAACUUAUCACAGUCAAAGCACAGAGAUGCUUAAAGGAGGCAGACUUGGUUGUCAGCGACCGGUUGAUCCCACAGCCCAUGCUCGAUCUGGUCGAAGGCGAGUUGCGGAUAGCACGCAAGACGCAAGGCAAGUCGGAUCCAGCACAGGACGAAUUGCUAGAAUGGUGUCUAGAAGGAUUGAAGAAGGGACAGCGGGUGGUGCGGCUCAAGAUUGGCGAUCCACUUGUAUUUGGACGAGGCGGCGAGGAAAUUCUGUGGUUCAGAGAAAGAGGGUAUGAGCCAGAGCUGGUGCCCGGCAUCUCAAGCGCCUUUUCGGGCCCCAUGGCGGCUGGCAUACCGGUGACGAUGCGGGGCGUGUCGGACCAAGUGAUCGUCACCACCGGUCGUGGAACAAAGGGCUCCAUGCCCGACCUGCCCGACUACGGAUCAUCCAGAACGCUGGUCGUUCUCAUGGCUGUGGGCCGUGCUGCUGAUCUGAAAACGAUCUUGUGUGAGCAGAAACAUUACCCGAGCGACUGCCCUGUAGCAUGGAUAGAGAAUGCCAACUGUCCUCAGGAGCGGGUUAUACUCGGCAGUGUGGCCAAUAUGGAUGCCCUCGUGCAAGAGCAGGCGAUUGUUGCGCCGGCGGUGUUGGUUGUCGGAAACAGCGUGCGGGCUCUAUCAGAAUAAAUGUAAACAUUUUUCCCG